AUUUAGUAGCCCUAACGUGCAGACCGGUGAAAGAACAAGAAGAGAAAAAUAUCCACACCUGCAUAAUAUUUCAUAGGCUGACAAGAAACAUUUAAUUAAAUUAAUAAUCAUCAAUGAAAGUGUCAGCAAAGUGGGGCAAACAGAACAGACAGUAGACAAGAUAGAUUUAUAAUUUACUCGACGCAAGAACCACAAGAAAUUGCUAUCGAGCCAAGAUUGUCUGCUUUGGUAGUACUGCAGCACACUGCCAUACCAUAGACGGAAAAAAAGAUGGCCCUUUUUGAAGAUGCAGACAAUUUUGCGGAUAUCUUCCGAGGUGGAUUGCCCUACUAUUUGCUAUUGGCACUACCAAUAUUAAUCAUUUGCUCAGCUAAUCCUGUCCUUGCCUCCAGUGAAUUUACGGUUCAACGUAUGUCCCAAUUCGAUGUGAAUGGCGUAUCUUAUGGUUGUAGAGCUUCUGCUCUAUCCUUGGAGGCAAAAUCCUUAUACACUUGGAGCACGUCCAGGCAUUGUGUGGUUGCCAAAUUCCAAGAUGUGACCAUUGACCAGUUCAAGGAGAUAAGACAAAAAGCUGGAGGUUUGGUCUUGCUUUUGCCACAAAACAUUUCUUCUAUGAACAGUGAGGACAAAGAGCAUCUCAAUUUGCUGGAACAAGCCAUGAUGUCUCAAUCUAUUUCUGUGCCCGUGUACUUUUCCGAGCACAACAAUGAAUUGGAGAAAAUCGUUAACGAUAUAAGUCGAAAUGCUGCAUCCUCGAAUAAGCAGAAAAAUGCUCGCAGCGAUUCGGCGCUGAAUGAAGUAUUCAAUUCAAUUUCGGCCAAUGGAUAUCAAAUCAUUGUAACUGGUGCUAGUCAUGCCAACAACAAAAACAGCAAAAUCUCCAUAGUACAAGGAGAGUUGGCCCCAACAAAAUUAAACAAGGCCAACGAAGAGCAAUUGAACAGCAAAUUGCCUCUGAUAAUCGUUGCAGGUCAUCUAAACACAUUUGGCCUUUACAAUGAGUCUCCUCUGAAUGCUGAUGCGGCCGUCCUUAUGGCGUUGGCUGAUUUAUUUAGCAAAAUGCACAAUACUCCUAAUGCUGCACCGAAAUACCGUCUCUUGUUCUUAUUAUCCGAGUCAGGGCCUUUGCUAAAUUUCCAAGGGGUGAAAAAAUGGCUGGACGAAAAUGUCCAAUUACAGUACGAUGAUAUUUUUUCGAUAACCGGUUCUAUUAUUAUUCGAGGAAAUCACACUGACAUAUUGGAAGAGAAUGUGGACUUUGUUUUGUGUUUAGAUACUGUGACACAAGCUUUGAACGCCGACGAAGAUCAUCAGCUAUUUAUGCACGUUUCUAAACCACCUAAAGAAAAUACUCCAACGAAUGCAUUCUUCAAACAUUUAAAAAAGGCUGGACAAAAAUAUCGCAAUGUCACCAUUGAAGGUGUACACAAAAAAAUCAAUUUAGCCGAUCAACAAUUGGCUUGGCAACACGAACGCUUCAGCAUCAAGCGUUUAUCAGCAUUCACCUUAUCCUCAUUGAAAUCGCCAAAACACCCCACACGUACCACCAUUUUCAAAGACAACGAAGAGGAGAUAUUAGAGCGUGCUCAACUUAAGGCCAAAAUUAUUGCUGAAGCCCUGGCUAGGUAUAUAUAUGGUGAUAAUGCCAAUGCAGAAGGCAGUGAUGACUUAGAGGUGUUCGCAGGUACCAUGCAAAUUUCUCCUAAACUUAUCAAGUCGUACUUAAAUCUACAAUCGGCCCUGAACAAUAAUGACCUUAAGAACGCAUUUGAAAAGUACCUUAAGAACGUCAAACUUAUCUAUGAGAAGCCAGAUGCCCGCGAACCCGAUUUUAUGCUUUACGAAGGCGCUUAUGCCACUCUAAAUGUGUAUCGAGUAAAGCCUGCUGUAUUUGAUUUAUUCUUAACGAUCUUAAUCUGCGCCUACUUAUUCUCAGUUUACUUUGUUAUCCAAUAUUUCCCAAAUAUGUAUCAGGUAUUUUGUAAAUUGUCUCUGCAAACCCCUGAAUCAUCUCCCACUCAUUACAACCAUAUAGAACGUAAUAAAAGUAAGACUAACUAAUCAAGCCAAUGGGCGGCAACAAAGUUUAGGCCCACAGCCGCCAUGUAAUAAAAUAUACAUAAUUGCAAUUGUUUUUUUGAUGACAUCUAGCGUUUAUAGUUUAGAGAAUUUUGUGCAAGUGCGAAAGGAAAAUUUAAUGUAUUUUAAAGUAAAAGAAAAUGAAAUUAUAAAUAAAUGAAGUUGGAGAGUAAUAUUAAA